AUGAGAAGCCCGGUGACAGAGAGGAACGGUGGCUUUGACCACCGAAGUAUGGGCUUCAAAUUCUCGCCCUGCCUGCUGCUGCCUCCGCCCCGCCCCGCCCCGGGGUCUCCAUCCUGCGUAAGGGGCAGAGGCCUUCCUCUGAUUCUCCUCUUCCCUGUGCACAGGGCGAAGCCGACGCACACCACAGUCAACUGCUGGUUCUGCGACCAGGACACGGUGGUGCCCUACGGGAACCGCAACUGCUGGGACUGCCCCCACUGCGAGCAGUACAAUGGCUUCCAGGAGAAUGGUGACUACAACAAGCCAAUCCCUGCCCAGUACCUGGAGCACCUGAACCACGUGGUGAGCAGCGUGCCCAGCCCCCGCACCCCCUCGCAGCCGCAGCAAUGGGUGAGCAGCCAGGUGCUGCUGUGCAGGAGGUGCAGCCACCAUCAGACCACCAAGAUCAAGCAGCUGGCCGCCUUCUCGCCUCGGGAUGAGGGCAGGUACGACGAGGAGGUCGAGGUGUACCGGCACCACCUGGAGCAGAUCUACAAGCUGUGCAGGCCGUGCCAGGCGGCCGUGGAGCACUACAUCAAGCACCAGAACCGCCAGCUGCGCGCCCUGCUGCUCAGCCGCCAGUUCAAGCGCCGGGAGGCCGACCAGAGCCACGCGCAGAGCUUCUGCUCAUCCGCGGUGAAGGCCCCAGUUCAGGUCAUCGUGCUCCGCACCCUCGCCUUCCUGGCCUGUAUCUUCCUGCUGGCCACCACGCUGUAUGGCACCAGUGACCCCUUUGCCCCAGGGCUCAACCUGCCCCCAGCUUUGCCCCCUGGUGGCAACGGCUCAGCUGCUCCUGACAAUGGCACUGCCCCUGGGGCUGAGGGCUGGCAGCAGCUGCUGGGCCUACUACCGGAGCAUGUGGCAGAGAAGCUUCAGGAGGCCUGGGCCUUUGGGCGGAGCCACCAGACGGGUGUCGUGGUGCUGGGCCUGCUAACCUGCCUGUUGGCCAUGCUGCUGGCUGGCCGCAUCAGGCUCCGGAGGAUUGAUGCCUUCGCCACCGGUCUGUGGGCCCUGCUGCUGGGGCUGCACCUGGCCGAGCAGUACCUGCAGGCUGCCACACCCAGCUGGCUGGACACACUCAAGUUCAGCACUAUGUCCCUGUGCUGCCUGGUGGGCUUCACGGCAGCCGUGGCCACGAGGAAGGCGACGGGCCCACGGAGGUUCCGGCCCCGAAGGUACCUCCCCGGAGACUCUGCCGGCCUUUUCCCCACAUGCCCCAGCCUGGGCGUCCCCUGCCCGAGCAGCGCGGGCUCUUCGCCGUCUCUCUUCCUCUCCGCCUCGCCGAGCUUCCUGCCCCUCACCAACCAGCAGCUGUUCCGGUCGCCCCGACGGGCCUCGCCCUCCUCGCUGCCAGGCCGCCUCAGCCGGGCACUCUCGCUGGGAACCAUACCCUCUCUGACCCGAGCAGACUCAGGGUAUCUGUUCAGUGGGAGCCGCCCACCGUCUCAGAUGUCUCGAUCUGGGGAGGUUCCUGUCUCAGAUUACUUCUCUCUGCUGUCGGGGAGCUGCCCCUCCUCUCCAUUCCCUUCCCCGGCGCCUUCCGUGGCCGGCUCGGUGGCCUCCAGCUCUGGCUCUCUGCGCCACCGGAGGCCCCUCAUCAGCCCUGCCCGGCUCAACCUGAAGGGGCAGAAGCUGCUGCUGUUCCCAUCACCCCCUGGAGAGGCCCCCAGCACCCCCAGCAGCUCAGACGAACACUUGCCCCACAACGGCAGCCACUUCAACAUUGAGCCACCCCAGGUCCCACAGAGGCAACUGGCACAGGACACAAAGCACACUGUGGACGUGAGGUUAGUGCCGGAGAGACGCAGCGCCUGCAGCAGCCGCUCCAUCAAGAAGGAGGACGACUCGUCGCAGUCAUCCACCUGUGUGGUGGACACCACCACCCGGGGCUGCUCCGAGGAGGCCGCCGCCUGGAGAGGUCGUUUCGUCCCCUCCCUGGUCCAGGGCCUCCUGGCCGUGAGCUUGACCGCCAACGCGCUCUUCACCUCCGCCUACCUGUACCAGAGCCUGCGCUGAGCUGCUGCCCAGCCUCCCGGCACGGGGAGCCCCGGAGGGCGUGCCCAGGUGCCUGCUGCUGCCCCUGCCGCCUGCGCCCUCUCUCCAGGGCCCUCGACCUGCUGGACUGAGUCCUGUCCUCGGACUGCCUUCCCCUCCUCACCCAGCAGACCGCGGGUCUGAGCAGGUCUUCGAGGUCACGCUCCUCCCGCUCAUCUUGCUGACAUCAGUUGUGUUUGGUGCUGCCCCGAAGCCAGGGGUUCCCCCAGGGGCUGCAUGCCCAGCCCCGCCUGCAGGGACGCCCACCACUGUGACCGCAGCAGGAGCUGGCUGUCCCUGAACACACGCCUUGGGCCACGAUCACCUCAGUACUGUACUCCCCUGUCCCACCGGGUGCCUCAGGCUCCCCGGGGAGGUGGAAGGGAUGGUCCCUGUGUCACCCGCCCUUGACCCUGCCCAGGGGAAACGUUUCCUUGGGCAGGCCCCCUUGAGGACGAGCAUCCUCUGCCCAUCUUACCCCUUCCUGCUGGCCCUGGGCCAGGUCUGCUUCUGGCUCUCCUGGUGGGCAGGGGUCUCAAGAGGCCCAGCUGGGCCUUCAGGACUGGUGUAUACAUCUCGCCCCCAGACACCCUUCUGCCCAAGUGCCCCUGUUUUAUUACCUCUGGCGACCUCAGGCAACAGCCCUGUUACCCUGAGAACACUACCCAGGGCUCCACUUGUGCUGCCCACCGGGGCCUUGCUCAACUCUCACCCUGGUUGUGCCAUGGGACUGCCCAGGGUGGCCUGCAGGUCACAGACGAGACUGGACCCCACCCCCUGUGAACCUGGCUCCUUUCAGCUGCUGAGACCACACUGUCCUCCCUCUCACUCUGCUGUCACCACGGGCCAAGUGUGACCUCUUGCCUUCAGGCCACCUUGACUGGCUUUCUUUCCUCCCCAGCUCCCCUCUGUCCCUGCCGUUGCCCUUCCAGCUGCUGCUGCAGGUUUGCCCCCACCCUUGCCCUGGUGCUGGGGUCCUGUCCUGCCCCUAAAGGGGGAAGGAGGGACCUCAGUGUGGCACAGGGACCCUCACGAUGCUGAAAGACUGUGUGUACCUGUGGAUGUCAGACCCCCGGUCCCUGCUGCCCUGGGCCUUGGACAGAAAUGUGGAGCAGUGUGUGUGUGUGACAGUGUGUGCGUGCGUGCAUGUGUGUGUGUGUGUGUGUGUGGGACAGUGCACACAUUUGUGCCAAGUCCCUGCUGCCCUGGGCUUUGGACAGAGAUGUGGAGCAGUGUGUGUGUGUGUGUGUGACAGUGCGCACAUUUGUGCCACCUGGGGAGGGGUGGCUGCCUCGAUGAAUUCUGAGACUGACUGGGGGUGGGGGUCAUGAGGGCAGGAGGAAGGGUCUUCACUCUGUCAUUCAGGGAUAAAGUUUAAUUUUAUUUUUCUACACAUUUCUGCCAGGUGAGGCAUUUUGCUGGUAAGCAGGAUGUCCCCAACCCUCCCGGCCAGGGAGGGCUAGUUUUUUUAAGCUUUGGGUGCUUUUUUAGUAGUUUUUUUUACCAGGCGGGGAAGGAGGUUGCUCUGACUUCUCUCCCUCCCCGCUCCUGUCUCGAGAGCUGUUUCCUGCCCGGUCCUCCCCGGAGCACGGGGAAUGGGCGCUGGGGGCCACACCAGGAGCUGCGUCCAACUUCCUGAGAUGGUUCCAACUCGGAGAUGGUGUCUCUGGGCCCCAUUUGUACAGUGGGCAUGUGUGUCAACUUUUUAAUUUUAUUUUUUGUCUAAUAAAGCCAAACUCCAUUCUCAAA